CUGCCUUUUUAGUAUCAAGUGCUUUUUCAUUUUGAAGAGAAGGGCAAACAUGCCCAAUAGGUAUGCACUGCCUUUUAAGUAUCAAGUGCUUUUUCAUUUUGAAGAGAAGGGCAAACAUGCCCAAUAGGAGUUUAUGCAAGUAUUUUAUGCACGGUGCAUGCCUCAAAGGUGAGCACUGUGAAUUCUCACAUGAUUGGAAGGAUCAGUCAAACAAUGUGUGCACCUUCUACCAGCGAGGAGUGUGCUCUUAUGGAAGUCGAUGCAGAUAUGAUCAUGUUAAGGUUUCACGUCCUCAAAGCAUUCUUUCUUUGUCACCAAGUUCUCGUAUAGGAUAUGAAGCAGAGCUUAAUCGAACUACUAUACAUAGUGGUUUGACAUUGACUCAGAAUAUUCCAGUUGGCUGGAACACUGGAGAUCUUUCAGCUCUGAGUAAGCCUUAUUUUCCUCCUGUGGGAAAUGUCUGGACACCUGGUUUACAGGACGAGUCUUCAACUUCAGCAAUUGAAUUUGCAACAAAAACUUUAGAUGGUGAUGACCAGCCAAUAUGUUCAUUUGCUGCUGCUGGGAAAUGCCCUCGUGGUGACAACUGCCCUCAUGUUCAUGGAGAUCUAUGUGCUACCUGUGGUAAGCACUGCUUACAUCCAUACAGAACAGUAGAAAGAGAGGAACAUAUCAAACAAUGCCAGCGUAAUCAGAAGCGUUUAGAAGCAUUACGGCACAGUCAAGAGAUUGAAUGUAGUGUAUGCUUGGAUCGGGUGCUAACAAAAUCAACACCUGCUGAGCGUAAAUUUGGCAUUCUGUCAGAGUGUGACCAUCCCUUCUGUAUAUCCUGCAUACGCAGCUGGCGAGGGAAUACUCCAGUCCCUGGAAUGGAUGUGAACUCUGUACUACGAGCUUGUCCUAUUUGUCGAAAGCUCUCUCAUUUUGUCACUCCAAGUGUGAUUUGGUACUCAAGCCAAGAGGAGAAACAAGAGAUCAUUAAUAACUACAAAAAUAAGCUCCGUUCCAUCGAUUGCAGGCAUUUUGACUUUGGAAAUGGAACAUGUCCUUUUGGAACCAGUUGUUUUUAUAAGGUCAGUAUUCCAGCAACAGAGUCGGUGCCUCUGAGCAUGUAGGGCAUGUAUUACGAAUAGCAUAAUGGUCCUUCUUGUUUCAACAGUGAUUCCUGCAACUCAAGUUUCAGUGUCAACCAGCUUCAACUUUCUUGGCCGGUGGAUGUUCCGACUCUUUGGAACAACAGUACCAAUGAACUGCAAUACAGGAGCAGCCUAGUCUGUUGUUUCAGGUUGCACUGGAGAAUGAAGAGAAUGAUUCAUCCAAGGAAAGAAUGUUUGCGGAUGGUAGUCUUCAGUUGAACCCUCAGGGAGGAGAAAUCAUGGACAAUACUGUGUGGAUUGCAGUCUUCAGUUGAACCCUCAGGGAGGAGAAAUCAUGGACAAUACUGUGUGGAUUGCAGACAUCAGUUGAACCCUCAGGGAGGAGAAAUCAUGGACAAUGCUAUAUAUAUAUAUAUAUGUCACACACCUAUAUAUGUGUGUGUAGGGUUUAUACAUACAUGUACACAUACACGUAGUCGUACACAUACACAUAUAAACACAAAAUGAAUGCCAAAGUUCUAUAACACUAAGGUUAUUGAAUAUAUCUACAUACAUGUGUAAUACAUAUACAUACACAUAUACACAUAUAAGCGCACAUAUACAUGAACAACUACACACACACAUGCACUGAUACACGUGCAUGUAGACACAUACGUGUAUGUAUGUGUGUACAUAAAGAAAUGGAAUGCUAAGCUUCAAAAUAAAAUUUCACAAAAAAAAAUGAUUGUCAAACUUCAAAACACAAACAGAUAGUAGAGAAAAUCUUACUUUGCAUAUGAUUAAAGUGAAGCCAAUUCAUCGUAUGCGAGGAAUAUCUCCAACAGAAUUAGAAAUUGUACCCAGAAUAAGAUGUUUAAAUCUUCCAAAAUUUCAAACUAGUCGGCCCCAAAACAUAUCAUAAAAGCCAAAUUUAUUGCACGUAGUUCAUGCAAAUUGUUAUACAAAGAUGUCAAUUUGAGUUGCAAGGCAACUGAAAAUGAUCCUUUUCUUCAUGCAAUCAACUAAACAUGUGGUGGUGUUGACUCUGCCAAUAAAGAGUUAAAAUUUUUUCUUUGUAAGUUGAAAAUCCAAUUCCUUGACAUUUGCUGUAAUAUUUUGAAAUGGUUUGUGUUCAGAGAAGAGCAGCACAGCGAACAGUAGGUAAUUAGAUCUUGGUAGUAGUGAGUUUGAUGUGACCUGACCUGCCUUGUGCUUGUCCUAUUAAUGAGUGCCAAUACCUGUCCUUAAUCAAGUAAAAGUAUAACCCAACAGCAGGUGUUUUGGUUUUUUGAAGAAAAUUAGUUUAAACAGUGAUGUGAUUACUAUAUAGUGAUUGUAUGGGAUGUUUAUCAAAAGAGCUAGUUGAUAGUGGAAAUGGCCCUGCAGUCAUGAUUACCUCAUAUUUUAUUUUUUUAUAUAUACAAGCUUGUGGAGUGAAUAUUUGGUAGAAUCUUAAGCCCCGCCUUCUUUUAUAUAUCAUACACCAAUCCCAAUAUGGAACAGUUUGAGAAAGGAGCAAAAAGGAUAUGGGUUCAUAUCUUAUUGUUUUCAGGCUUUUUUAAUCUGGGUGAUUCUUAAUAGCAGAUUUUUAUUCCCAGGGAUUGACUGUAGCUUCGAAUUUUGAAUUUCAUUUCUCCCUAUUAGCUUCUAUGAAUCAGGUAAGUGGGUGUUUUUGAGGCUUUUGAGGAACCUGAUGACUAACCAUUGAAAUUCUCAGUGUAGAUCAAGCGCAGGUUGUCUGAAUUUUUUGCUGUGAAAUCUGUUGGUUUUGGAAGAGAAAACCAAUUAUAGGAACACAACUUUUCUAAUGUAUGUUAACAUUUCAUAGAAAACCUGCAGAUUUUAAACCACGCAAAUGUUGACACCAUGGCAGCAAAAAUUGUUUGGGGGAGAAAAUCGGCAAACCAAAAGUAUGAGAUUUUUUUGAAAACAAAUGGAUUUAAAAAAAUGUAAUAUUAUAAUAAUAAUAUAAUUAAACAUAUUUAAUUAUAAUAAAAUAAUUAUAAAUUUAUUAUAAUAAUAAUUAUAUAUAUAGUAUUAUAAUGUAAAAAUAUAUAAUCUAUAAUUAUAUAUAUAGUAUUAUAAUGUAAAAAUAUAUAAUCUAGUAUUUGAAUUUCGGGUCUUUCUGCAUAUUUUUAAUUUAUAGUCAAAUCAUAGUAUAAUAUAAUAAUAUAACUAAGUUGCCAGUACACGGGAUAUGGAGAAACACAAUAUUUUUAAAGAAAUAUACAGAAUUGUAAAACUAAAUAAAUUUGAUAGUAUGAUAUUUCAUCAGUGAUCAAUGCCAAAUGCCAAAAUGGUAGUAAUAAAGUUAAAAAUUAAAUGCCAUUUGAUAGUUCAAAAUCUCAGUAUUGUGUUAAAUGACAUAUUUAUAUGCCUAAGGUCACAAUUCAAAUGAAAAUCAUUACAAUUACAAAAUUGACAAUCACAAAUAAUAAGUGUCUUCAAUCUUCGUCAAUCUUCAAAAGGAUCUUAAAAAUUGUUUUUGUUGUUACUUUUUGGGGUGUAGUGCCUUUGGGUACUCAUGGGUAUGCCUGUAUAAAUUAAAUUAAUGCAGAAAAAAUAAAUAUAAAAUUUGAAUUUCAAAUAUUUAAUAAUUUUAAAUUGAAUAUUAAAUUUAAAAAAAUACAAAAUAAUAUUAAAAUUUAAUUCACAUUUAAAGUUAAUCGAUUUAAAAUUUGAAAUUAAAAUUUUUAUUCCAAACUUCUAAUAAUAAAACAUUUAAAUAUUAAAUAAUAAUAAUACAUAAAAUUGUUAAAUAUUAAAUGACUAAUGUAUGUGUGUAUAUAUAAUAUAAAAUAAACCAUUGCCAUAUAAAUCAUAACUAAAUAAAAAUAAUAGACCUCAUAAAGCAUAGUAAAUUAUUUAUUUAAAGUCACGUGACCACAUCAUAUGUUAAAAUCACCAUCGGUCGAGCAAGCAUUGGUCAAAGAUAGCUGGAAGCCUCAGAAGCCCUGAAAAACCCUAACAGAAGAAAAUGCAUGCACACAAAGAUGGAAGACUAGAAGAGGUAAAGCUUCGGCAUCUUGGCACUGCUGAUGGAAGUACAGUGAUUGCAAAAAAUGUUAG